UGUACACUGAAACCCUAAAAUGCCAAUUUCCAAUCACUUCACGAUAAGACUGGUGCGUGUACGAGCGUCGUGGAACAGCAUAAGCAAUUUUCUUCGAUUCCUUUGGGUGGAAUUCAGUCAAAGCUGACAGAUCAAUGUCAUCAUGUGAUAAGCCAAAGUAUCUCCCCCAUUCCAAGCAGCACUUCACUUGGGUCCCAAUUCAUUUACUAGAGUAUCGACCCCAGCUCUCUUCUUAUAGGGAACGUGGUGGCCGAUGAGCAGGGAAAACAUCAUUUAUAGGGAACGUGGUGGCCGAUGAGCAGGGAAAACACCAAAAUGGUGACAUGGGUGUCUGUAAAGUCGUUUGUAAUGGGAUGUCUCAUCACUGCCUUUCUUUUCCUCUCCCUUGGAAACUUGGGAAACAUGGAAUCAAAUGUCGAUCCCAAGCCUGCCCACCUACUCAACCGCUUUAUACAGACCACCAUCACAAGCCGUAAACAGUUUGUCAAGAUUGCAGACUAUGGACAGCCGGGGAACGUUUUGAAUGGUUCAAAAGCACUUCUUACAAGAGUGAGGAACCAGGUGGAAAAGCCGUUUGGGAGUGUUCCUCCGUUCGUUUUGGUAACAGGGGAGAGAUCAUCACCUUGUAUUAGUCCUCGGGGUAACAAUGUAAUGAUGAAGUCUUACAAAAAUAAAGUGGACUACUGUAAUCUGCACGGCUGCAAGGUCUGGUAUGCUUUAGAGGUAUGGCAGAAAGGAUUUGUUGGAACGUGGGUGAGAUAUCCGCUUCUUAUACAUCUCAUGAAAGCCAACCCAUCUGUGACUUGGUUUAUGUGGAUGGAUUCAGAUGCUGUUUUUACAGAUUUCAAUUUUUCUAUUCCAUUUGAGACUUACAGUAGCUGGAACAAGAAUCUCAUCGUCCCCGGCUCCUGGGAAAAGAUAUAUGGAGAGGAUCCGGACUGGAUAGGUCUGAAUGCAGGGAUUUUUCUGAUUCGCAAUUGCGAAUGGUCUCACAAGUUUUUGGAGAAGUGGAUGGAAUUGGGUGCGCCGGAAAACUUAAUGGCUUCUAAAAAGGCUCUGAACAAAGUUGUAAAGAGUAGACCGAAAGAGUGGGAUCCUGAUGAUCAGAGCGCCUUAGUGUAUCUUCUCAACCAGAACAAAACAAAAUCGGAGGAUAAUGUGUUCCUGGAAGCAAGUUAUGUGUUACAUGGAUAUUUUGAAUAUAUUAUAGAUAGGUUUGAGGACUUCCUUGAGGGAAAGGAAAAGCAGCCUUUUAUCACUCAUUUCAGUGGAUGUAAUUUCUGUGGAAAGGAGAACAUUACAGAAAGAUGCAGUGAGGGCUUUGAGAGAGCUUUCAAUUUUGCAGACAACCAGUUGCUUAGCUCUAGUAACUGCAGAUGAUGGCAGUGCUUAUAAGGAAGGAAUCCCAAAAAAAUGAGAUGCCAGUUUUUGUUGAAGAUUUUGUAGGCUCUGCAAAAUUUGUAUAGAUUUUGCUUGUUGAACAUUAUCAACUACGGUCUCGCUCUAAGUUUUCAGGAAAGCUGAUGAACAGUAAAAUUUUAUGGUUUGUAUAACUAUUCUAUGAAAAUAUGUGGAGAUUGUUCAAUUUUACCUUUUCCCAAUAGCCUUGGAAAAAAUUGGACAACUCCAGUCGUAGCCUGAACCUUUGUUCUCCUAACGUUUAGUUUGAAAUUUUUUCCUUGAACAGAAAAUUUCUACCAUACUUCGGCGUUUACUUGAUU